CAGGUGUGGGGAGAGAUGUUUGGGGCACUUGAGAGAGUGAAUGGUUUUCUCCGCAGCCUCAAGGCUUUAAAAGUACCGGAUUGUUGGAAAGCGGAGGAAGAAUGGCUCUAUAAACACGAGUUGCUGGUGGACAGAUGGCUGGAGAAUGAACAAGACAAACCAAUAGAAGAGGCUCUGCUGGAAAGAUAUGGAUUUCCUGAGGCUGGAACAGAGACCAGAUGUUACACAAAUCAUGCACUGUCUUAUGACCAGGCAAAACGGGUGCCUAGAUGGGUGAUUGAACACAUUUCAAAACAAAAGAUGCUGGGUGAUGCAGAUCGAAGGCAUUGUAAAUUCAGACCAGACCCUAACAUCCCUCUGAUGUUCAGUGCUGUUAAUGAAGACUACCUUGGCAGUGGAUGGUCACGAGGACACAUGGCACCAGCAGGAGAUAACAAAUUUUCAACAAGAGCUAUGGCUGAAACGUUUUAUCUGUCUAACAUUGUGCCUCAGAAUUAUGAAAAUAAUGCUGGAUUUUGGAACAGAAUGGAAAUGUACUGUCGGGAAUUGACUGAGAGAUUUGAAGAUGUUUGGGUUGUUUCUGGACCUCUUACCUUGCCUCAAACAAAUGGUGAUGGAAAGAAGAGUGUUACUUACCAGGUAAUUGGAAAGGAUGAUGUGGCUGUACCAUCCCACCUGUACAAGGUGAUCCUCGCCAGGCGGAGCAGAGUGUCCUCAGAGCCCCUGGUCCUGGGAGCUUUCGUGGUGCCAAACCAUCCCAUAGGCUUCAGCCACCAGCUCACUGACUUCCAAGUUAGUGUUGAAGACCUGGAAAGAAUGUCAGGUUUAGUUUUCUUCCCCCAGGUGGACAAGACCAAAGAUGUUAAAAAUAUCUGUGAGGUGGAUACCUGCAAACUGAUGGGCUUCAAGGAAUUCACGCUGUACAUCACUGCCCGCAAAGUGCAGAGCGCCCGGAUGCUGCGCCGGCUGGAGAAAGCCAUGGCAGAGUUACAGGAGGCAGGAAUUGAGCCUGAUGAGUAUCUCCUAAAGCUUUACAAGAAGAAGGAGGAAGAACUGCUGCAGGAAAAGCCAGUAGCAGCUAGAGAGGGGAGAGCUGGCUGAGUAUUCAGGAAGUUGUUUGGGUUUUUGGAAAGGGGAACUGAAGGCAAACACGAAGACAAGGGCACAUUGACUCAUCCUUUUUUGAGUUGUGAAAACAAUAAAGAAAUAUUUGGAAGCUAAUUGGUUUGGAAUAAUGCUCAUUCUUGUGCAACAUGAUGCAAACGUGGUUGGCUGCACUACUUAGACAUGGGAAGUGUAAGUGAUCCAUUUCUGGCCUGAGUAGAUCACUGGGCCUCCAGGAAAGGCUUUGUGCUAUUUUCCACCUGGGAUGUCAGACUUGGGGUUUAUGUGAAAUCCCUUCUAGGAAUAGCACAAAAAGAGACAGUAGACACCUUGGGAAUACAAGUGGAACAUGUUUACGUGGAAUUCCACCCCCAAAUGUCUCUCACUGCAGUGCUGUAGAAGCAAUUGUACUUUCUGUAAUAUUUUGAAAAUUAAAUUAAGAAUUAUUUCAUUUAACACUCUUUUAUUAGAGACGUGUAAGACAUAAUAUGGUCCUCCCUUAGUUGUAUUAACCAAAACCUCACCUGAUCUUGUAUGAUUUGGAUACUUCAGCAUGUCAGGAGCUCACAAUUGUUAUCAUUUGUGACAAACUUAUUCCACCAUGUAUAAUUCUGCAAUUUUUGGUAAGAAAACCCCAAUAAAACUAAAGUUUAAUCAA